CUCCCGCCCACCCAACAACCGAUCGCGUCCGCCGCAUCGCGUCUCCCAGACUUCCGCAACACAACGCGCCACCAUGGCCACGCCCUCACCCCCACCAGCAGCCACAAACGACCUACCCAGCGUCCUCAGCAAACUCGAGAGCGCGCGCCUCACCCUGCAAACGCUCACCUCAUCCAUCGAAUCCUUCCCACCCCCCUCCUCCCUCCCCUACGACGCCGGCAACUCUGAUGACGACACGCGCGCGGUGUCCACGUACCCAGGCACGCUCUGCACGGAGCUGGAGCACUAUAAGGAGCUAUUCUCGCAGCUGCGGUUCUCGUACCUCGAGCAGAUGACGAAGGAGAAGUUCCUGCGCUACGUGACCGAGGAGCCGCCGAAGAUCCACGAGGCCGAGGAGAACGCCGCGCGCGAGGCGGAGCUGAAGAGCGCGAAAGAGAGUUUGCAGAGGUGUAAAAAGAAGGUCGAUGAGACUCUCAGGGAGAUCGAUGAGGUCGGGGCGAGGCUGGCGCCGGCAUACGAGCGCCUCCUUAAUACGGCCAAGCAAGCGCGCUCGCUGCCUGCGGAGACAGCGACGAUGCGGGCGGAGAUCGCCACGCUUCGCGGCGCGGCAGACGACAGGCCCGAGAUGAACCUUCCGCUGGACGACACGCUGCAGUACGUGGGGGCGGCGGAGAGCGAGCUGGCGAUGCUGCAGAGCGAGUUGAAGAGUCUGCUAGGUGUGGCUAUACCGAGGAGGCAGAAGCAGGUCGAGCAGUUGGAGAAGGAGAUCGUCACUAGGGAGAGGGAGAAGGAGGGCCUCGAGAGGUUCGCGAAUGAGGCGGUUAGGGCCAGGCAGGGCGCUCGCGAGGCGGGGAAGGCGGAUAGGGAGAUUGCUGGGCAGUGGUAUAAAUCUUCGUACGAAGUACUCUCGGCGCUGCUGGGGGAGGAGCCGGAACGAUAAGAUAGUUGGGAGUUUUGAACAUACUUGAUUUGCCGGCCCGGAGAAACUAGUCUGCUCAUGCGUACAUUCUUCGUUUGUCGUUUUAUCUGUUUUGCAAACGUGUGCUG